CAUAUUUGUCCACCGCGUCUCUCUCUCCUCUUUCACUCAUUUUCUCUCUCUAUAUCUAUAUGUAUAUAUAUAUCGCAUCUCCGAAUUUCGGGAGAGAAAAAGAAAUAGAAAAUCUUUGAAUCAAAAUCUAUUCAACCAAACACUAACUCUCGAACUCCACCACAACCAAUUUUCUCAAAACCCAAAUCGCCUCGGUUCAUGUAAUUAAUCCGAAUUCGAAUCUGGGUUUUGGUGGAUUCGAUUUGGAGACCCGAGAGAGAGAGAGAGAGAGGGAGGGAUCAUGACUCGGCGGUGUUCGUAUUGCAGCCACAAUGGCCACAACUCUCGGACCUGCCCGAAUCGUGGAGUCAAGCUAUUCGGAGUCCGGUUGACUGAUGGAUCGAUCCGGAAGAGUGCCAGUAUGGGUAACUUGACCCAUUACACCGGAUCCAGUAGCGGUAGCCUUCAAAAUGGCCUCGCCGGAAACAACCACGACUCUCCCGGAGACACGCCAGACCACGGCGGCGCCGCCGGAGAUGGGUAUGCGUCGGAGGAUUUUGUUCCCGGGUCGUCGUCCAGUCGGGAAAGAAAGAAAGGUGUUCCAUGGACUGAAGAGGAACAUCGGAUGUUUCUAUUUGGUUUACAAAAGCUUGGCAAAGGUGAUUGGCGUGGAAUAUCACGCAAUUAUGUAAUAUCAAGAACACCCACACAGGUUGCUAGCCACGCCCAGAAAUAUUUCAUCAGGCAAUGCAAUGCUUCUAGGAGAAAAAGACGUUCCAGCCUAUUUGACAUUGUAGCCGAUGAAUCAGUUGACACUCCCAUGGAAUCACAUGAUUUCUUCACGGUCAACCCUCAAACCGAGACACAAACAAACAACCCAUUGCCGGACCCUCCUACUUUGGACGAAGAGUGUGAAUCAAUGGAUUCUACAAACUCCAACGAUGGGGAACAACCUGUCCUGCAAAAGCCCGAUAGUUCUCAGCACUGUUACCCUGUUAUGUUUCCUGCUUAUAUCACUCAAUUCCUACCAUUUUCCGUUCCAUUUUGGCUCAGAGGGCACAGUACAGAGGCAGCUAAAAUGGAGGAGACACAUGAAGUGCUUAAGCCCACAGCAGUACAUUCAAAGAGCCCAAUUAAUGUUGAUGAGCUGGUUGGAAUGUCGAACCUCAGCAUCGGGGAAUCCCUUGGGGAUGCGGGCCCCUCCCCUCUCUCGCUCAAACUGCUUGAAGGUUCGUCUAGUAGGCAGUCGGCUUUCCAGGCUAAUCCUGGCUCGGGGAGCUCAGGUGUUAACUCAAUCAGCAAUCCAAUCCAUGCAGUUUAGAACUCUGUCUCGAGAUUACGGGGUGCUACAUGCUGACGGGAUCUAGAGAGACUUGUUAAUAUAAGACAAUAAUGUGCUGUCUGGUUUGGAUUCAGUUAUAGUUGUCUUUGUUGGAUAACCUUUAAUAAGUUUUUUAUUUCUAGGAAUUGUUAAUUUAAAAGUCAGUUCUGACCUUGUAGGGUUUAUAUCAACUUGUGUCACAAUUUCUUGAACUUCUAGCAAUUUUGUGUCAAGUUCUUUUGAUCUUCCUAUGUUCAUUUUCUGUGGUAUAUUAACUUAGAAAUGUCCUCUGAUGUUAUGUUGUCAGUUUAACUAGAAAAUGAGAUACGGUAUGGCAUUGGAUAUUUGUUA